AUGGAGAUAGAUGUGUGCCCACCGGAGCAGCGGCAGCCCAACAUGUCAAUUGAAGGGUUUCAUGCUGACUAUCUCAAGGUUUUCUAUGGUAUUAUUCGCGUCGCCGACAAAGUAUACACUUCGUUUCUUUCGAUUCGGCACACCUCAUCAACCGAAAUCCGGUGUCUCAUGUUGUGAAUAGCAUUUAGAAAUCAUCACCGAUGAUAUUAGUGAUUUCCGGAUUGCUGGUUGACAGUCUUACCUUCCUCCGAGAUAUCCGCAAUACACGUACUUGGUGAUGUGGAUUGUGCUUAUGACACUCGCUUCAUUGGCAAUGACACAUUUAAAUCAGCUGUACUUGGACAUCAACUGCUUUCUCAGUCUUAACAUAUUCUGUUUCCUUUGACGCCAGCAUCAAAACUGUACUGAUUUGAGGGAGGGAGAAGUGAGCUUUAGUGACAAGAAAAGGUCAUAAAUAGGUCGCGGAAAUUUCCAAGCGUUCAUUUCUUAUUUAGCUUAUGAUAUAGACAUGAAAACAUAUCUGUAGUGAAAGAAUAUAAGAGAAUUGGCCAUUUCUUCAUGAUCUAGACACUCUGAAAUCUAAAAAGAAGAUCAUCCACAGCAGCUAUUAUUUAUGUUGAUGUCUUGUGAUCAACAUUUUGUGCUUCCCUCAAAGAAGAAUCUGUUCCAGAUUAUUCAAGAAUAUGGAAUUAAUAUCCCCCCUUAAGAACACUACAAAAUAUUAGAUAAAGCGUCGCCCUUUGGCUUUCCCGAGGUAGAUGAUGUUCAAUUCGCUGUAUAGUAGCCAAGUGGUUCUGAGGAAGAUUCUGGUGCAAACUGAAUGGUGCCAACUGCAUCACCUCUCGCCCACUGCUACCUCCUGCUUCCCAGGAUGCUCUGCUUGUUCGCCUCCCAUUCAUCAGCUCAGUGCAGUGCAGGCCUUCCAGUUUUUCGCUCCGGUUCUGGGCCUAAUGCUGGAUCAAACCGGCAGUCAUUCAAUACAAGAGGAUUAGCCGAUUCUUGGCAAGUUCUGUUGUAUUUUUUCUCUUUUCAAUGCUAGGUGAUGUUGAUCUUCCACUUUUGAAAUCUGAUGAGCUACAAUCAACUCGGAUCUUUGUCCUCUACUUUUCGCCUCAAUCAAAUUUAUAUCCUUAUAAUCUUUUCAGAGAACGCACAGUACAUGCAUGCCCACUCCAAAACUUGAUGCUGAAAGCAUCUUUUCUCCAUUGAUUUGUAAAGUUCAAUUAAAUUCCUAAAGCUUUUGUACAUCUACAUUCAGAAAACAAAUGGGGUUGCAGAAUCCAUGGUGGAACAUUAGGAACGUAAUCUGUUUCUUACUGUGAAUGGACAACUUGUCUCUUUUCACUGUUUAGAUCAGCUGUAAUGCUGUCGAUUUUGUAACCUUGGUUAUCAAGGGAUAUGGUCUGGAUAUUUAAUGCCUACCAUGGUCUGGGAUAUUGAAUGCUGAUCAUGCAUCAUGCUGCUCACUAUAUCAGAUGUCGGUUAGAAAUAAGUGACUGAGAUUAGAUAAUCUAUAAAUUUAAAUAGAUGUCAGGCUAGGCAUUUGAGUGUCGUUUUAAAAAUGACUUGAUAACUAAGAGUUAUCCUUUUGCAUCCCUGUUUUCGGGAGAGCUAGUGAACCCCCUCUCUGGAAUUGAAUACAUACUUUAGAUACAGUCCAUCUGUGACGACAAAUCAACUAUCUACAAGGAUCAAGAGAAAGAACAUGGUACGGAAAAGAAUUUUAGCUUUUCUUUAUGCUAACGUUUGUCUGAUCCUCUUGAUCAGGGCACUGUGGUUUUGUUCUUGAUGAAUCUUCACUCGUCUUAAUUAUUUAUUUGAACUUUCAUGGUUGAAAUAGAGUCAGAUAUCAAGUGGGUAUAUUUGCUUUUGUUUGUAUGACCUUGAAAGCUGUAUUAUUAGAAAUUGGCGAGGAAAUCAUUACUGCAGUAUUACUUGAAAUGUAGUACUGUACCUAUAUGUAUAUAUAUAUAUUAAAAUGGUGCGCUUUUCUUAGGCCACUUUGCUUAUUCUGUUGACAUAUCAGGUAUCUUCACAGUCUAAGAAAAAAGUUCAAGUUUGGGUUCAUGAUCCUCGUAGACAAUCUUUUUUAUUGGCUUUUGUUUGUGUGGAAUGUUUCCUCUGGUGCAUCUUGGCAUUCGGUAACACGGAAUCGAAGCCUUUCGUAGUUGUUUUGUUUGGUGCUUAUAAUCACUGUCUACAUUUUGGUGAUUCCCGCAUUAUCAUGUCUUGUCCAUUGGGUAUGACCUCUAUUUGAGCUGAGCAGCAGUCCUUUUUUGGCAGGCAAGCUGUUUCCACAUGCUGACAUUUUCAAGUGGAUGUCAUAUGGAAAUGGUACUCUGCUUUGACUCAUUGUUUUCCAUUUCUCGUUUCCUUAGCAUCUCGACUCUUUUUUUUUUUUUCAACAUGCUUAUGACAUUUAUUUUCAGAUGGGAAGCAUCCAGCGUGUGAUCAAUCUUACUUUGGCCGGAGAGAAUUUUCCUUCACUCUAGAUAAUGACAUAUAUAUACGUUUUCAGUCCUUCAGUAAUGCAACAGAGAUGGAGAAUGCUAUUAAAGAGAAAUGUCCUUUCAAGAUUGACCUUGGUGCUGUUUACAGUGUAGAUGUACGAUGCACACUUUUUUGAAGCGUAUGCUAUUUCACAUCGCACUUUAUUUUUCUUCUAAUCCCGUUUCGAAUGCUUCUGUCUGUCUCUUGAUACACACAUACAACAGCCUCCAAAACGUCACGCUUACGCAGGGAAUAAUGUCUUCACACCUGUUGAACGGGAACUCGUUUUUGAUAUAGUAAGUUUUCAAGUUAGACCACUAUGAAGCAUUGCUAAGACCACUGUACGGUUUGGCAGAUGAUGUGAUGGGCUUUCUGCAGGAUAUGUCAGAUUAUGAUGACGUUCGUCACUGCUGUUCUGGGGCUGAUGUUUGCUCAGACUGCUGGCCUCUAAUGACAGCUGCUAUCAAAGUGAUGGACACUGCUCUUAGGGGUUGGAACUAUGCCUUCACUCUGGUUUUUUCAUAGUCACUCAGGUUCAUCAUGUCGAUCUCCAUAACCUUACGAACAAGGAGACAGAACUACAACUGGCAAAAACAUGUGGCCUGCGCCUAGAAUUUGUUGUGGCUCUAUGCAUUUUGGCUGAUAUUAUUGAGAUUCUUGUUGCAGACGAUUUCGGUUUUAGCCACAUCCUCUGGGUUUUCAGUGGUAGACGUGGUGUCCAUUGUUGGGUUUGUGAUGGAAGAGCAAGAAGGUGCGUCCACAUCAUCGAGUUUUUUUUUCCUUAGCUUCCAUCGAAAUUAGCCCAUCAUUGACCAUGCUUUCGCCUUACUACCCUGCCUGUUCAGGCUUAGUGAUGAACAGAGAUCAGCAGUCGCCGACUACUUCCGUGUUUACAAGGUGGUAAUAUACCUUAUUCGACGUUUGAGCACAUCGACCCUUUUUUUCACCCUUACAAUCUAUUCCUCCUGCUUCUAGGGCCACGAAAAUGGGCUGAAGAAAGUAUCUUUCGUUGGUCCAGCGUUGCAUCCCUUUCUUGUGUGAGCCUCCAUCUGUUCUUCAUAUCAACUGGCAUCUGAUAACACAGGCAGCGUCCAAUGACUGGCCACAGGUGGUGUUGUCUAUGUUUUGCAGAAGAUCAUAUAACGAUGUUCUCAAGAGCUUUUUUGAGGAAGAUAUGCUCCCUUCUCAAAGCUUAUUAGCCAAUGAAGCGAGAUAUCAGAAGAUACUUGACCUCAUCCCUGACGAAUGUGAGUAACACUCCGUGGACGCUAUGAGCUGUAUGUAAUCCGGUCCUCUCUGAUUAUCUUGCGAAUGAUCGAAAUUUCCAGCUACAACUUCUGAGAUACGGGAUAAGUGGAACUCAAAUCGCCGCUCGUCUAUUUCCAAAGAAGAUGUUAACACUGCUCGGUGGGAGCAACUAAAGCAUGCACUGCAAUCUUCAAAGCAGAAGGUACGAUCCAAACUGUGAUGAGUGGCAGUCAUCCAUCUGCCAUAGCUUGGUGGGUCCAAAUUUUCCAAAGAGACAAAAUAACGGAGACUAAUGGCUUUCUUUGUCCAAAAGGGCCUCCGCCGAUGCGUCGAAGAGAUCGUUUUCUCCUACACGUACCCAAGGCUGGACAUAGAGGUACGAGGCUACUCAUCCAAGCUCAUAACAGGAACUUUUCUCGGCGCACCCUGUUCAUCUAUUGUGCGUCAUGCAGGUCUCCAAACGCAUGAACCAUUUGUUGAAGGCUCCGUUCUGCGUACACCCCAAGACAGGUUGCUAUAUAUGAUAUUUCUGAACCCUACUGGACUGGACUGGACUGGACUGGACUGGACUGGGCUUUCAAUCUCAGAAUUGCCUCGUGUGCUGUUUCAGGACGCGUUUGUGUUCCGAUUGAUCCCAGACGCUGUGAUGAAUUUGACCCUGGGAAGGUACCGACUCUUUCUGAGGUAAUGAAACCCUCUGCGUGAUUGCUACUAAAACUGAAUUGCUCAACAUUACCGACCUCGGAAACCCAAGUGAUGCCGCCCAGCAUUGUAGCACCUGUGACGACGCUUCUGUUUGAUCGAGAUUACACAUUUUUAGCAAACGUAGUUUGUUGCUGGAACUUAAGCCCUCAUUAUGACGGAUUCUAUUCUUUAAAAGCCACGUUCAUAUGUCUACUACUUGUGGGCGAUUAUCGAUCCUCACCAUGGCCACCAGGAUUGGAUUGCCCAACUGGUGAUAUUCCUUUUUUAUAUAUAUAUAAUAUGUCCAACACUUAGAAUAUGUGCAGCUGUUGGGGGAGCUGAACGACAUGGACAGAGUGAGAGCAGACUCCAGCAGCGGCUUACCGGCGGAAGGUACGAACGCAUCCCCGGCUGCGAUUCACUCGUUUCCUUCAAUAUAUUUCUGAUGAUCGAUCCUUUCCUUCCCACAUCGCUGGGCUUCUGGCAGAAUGGGAAAGGACCUCCCUUUGCAGGUACAUCAGGUUCUUCCGGUCAUCCUUCCUGCAGCCGCUGCUGAAAUCCUGCAAGGUCUCAUUUUCUCCCUAGAGUCAGCCAAUUCCUAUUAGCUACCAUUCAGGGGAAGACCAUCUAACCAUCAUAGUCAACGAUGUCGGUCUCCCGCAGGAGGAGCUGGAAGGCACGUACAGCGCCAAGCUCCGGCAAUCGAAGGAUUCCCUGGGCUGGUGA